GGGCGGGAGUUUAAACGACAACGGCGGCGGUGCCUCCUCCUACCUCUCGGGGCGCCAUGGCGGGCUCGGCCGCCCCUCGGCCGCUCCGCGGGAAGUCCUUCUACCUUGACCUGCCGAGCGGGCGGAGCGCGAAGGAGCUGGCGGAGGCCAUCCGGCGCCUCGGCGGGGUGACCGAAAGCUUCCUAAGCAAAGAAGUCAGCUACGUGGUUUCCAGCAGCAAAGAAGCCAAACGAGACAAAGCCAGGACUCAGACUGAGAUGUGGAGCAAUGCAACUUCAGGGGAUGCAAAAGCCAUGAGCCCAGUGCCUUCUACCUCCAAAGGGAACCACACUAGACCUCACCAGAAGCUACCAGACACUGUCCUGAUCAGCAGGGGGAAGGAACUGCUGCAGAAGGCCAUGAAGAAUCAGGACACCUGCAGUGGCAGCAGUAUCCUGGCCAACGCUCGCCUGUGGGGAGUCCAGAUCUUGCACGUGGAUGAAAUGUUGUCGUACGUUCAACAGCUGCUCCAUGCUGCCUCGGGAGCAAGGAAACGGUGCCAGAAGACAGAGGCAAAGUGCCUCGCAUCCGGAUCAAAAAUUCGCAAAGGAAAAUUGAAACCCCCUUUUCUGAAGGUUGAAGACCAGAGCAGGCAAUUCCGACCCUUCCAUCACCAGUUCAAAAGCUUUCCUGACCUGAACUUCCAGGCACCCAAAAGCUGCAGCCCAUUUGAGCCUCUGAAAAGCCUCUCGAAUGGUUGCAGAGCCAGGGGUGUGGAGGGCUGUCCGAUGCGCAGCAAGGGGGAGAAAAGCCCCCGAUCCACAGUGGUCACCAUGCCAAAGAAGAAGAGGGGAUUUUGUGAGUGCUGCCAAGAGACCUUUGAAGAGCUGCAGAAGCACCUCCAGAGCCUCCAGCACAAGCGGUUUGCCCUGGACAACUCGCAGUAUGUCCCUGUGGAUAGUGUCAUCUCGCAGCUCACCAACAACUUUGUGGAGCGAUCAGCCACGGUGCCGCAGUCCUGCCUGACAGAUGAACGCUUAGUGCCUCAAGCACAAGUUACUGGAGGAAUUGAGAUGCUGACAGCAGAGCUGGGAAAGGAAAGGCAGCAGCCUGAGCAUGGUGCUGUGGAACUGCUGAUUGGUAUGGAGCAUGAUCAUGGCCUGAAGACCAAGGAAAGUUCCCCUUGCCUGCCCAGGGACAGGGUCAGUAAUCCCAGAGAAGGAAGAGGGUUGUCAAAGAACUGCUUUCUGGGGCUGCCUGUUGGAGAAAGACCCACCAGAGGGGCCUGUGCUCUGCGUGGCCCCACAGAGGAGUCUGCAGUGGGGAAUACAGAUUUGGGCUGGGGGACUUGCCUAGUGGCCGCUCAUGUUGGAGAGGCAAUUGCUUCUUCAUCUGAACCUCAUAAACAGCACGUGCUUGGGCCCAUCAGCCAUCUUCCACAAGCACUGCCUGCCUCCAGGAAACACCACCUCUUAUCCAGACAGAGCACCCAGGUAGGAAAGAAGCCCAGGCUGGAGCUGGGCGGUGGCCUCUCUCUCUGCAAGCAGACAAACCCAGUGGAUGGUGGGGUGGGUGUGCAGGGAGCAGGACAGAUGUCUGAGCCAGGCUUGCCCAGUGUGGUGGAAGCUGGCAGCUUGCCCCUAAGCACAAAGCUCUCCAACAGACCUCAUAGCUCCCUUGGUUUGGACCUGUGCCCAUGCGGGAGCCCUGGGGACCCUGCAUCACUGCCAGGUUCCCUUGAAGCUGCGUCUGUGGGCUUUGAUCGUGCAGAGGCUGCUGCAGCCAGCACCGUCAGCGAGCAUGGCUGGAGCAGAGCGAAUGCAAGUUCCCAGGGGAAGCAGCUCAGAGGGGAGAAUGAAAGCACAAGAAGAAAUGUGAACAGUCCCGAUCGGGAGAGCACAAUGAGCAAGACCAGCUGUCCUACUAGCUGGUUGCCCUCUCCAAAACUGCCUGUGGCUGAAGCCAGAUGUUGCUACUCGCUCUGUGUCAGAGCAGCGGAAAAAAUAGCACCUGAGCUACCUGACCUCCCAGGCCACAGGGAAGAGUGGGCUCCGUGCCCUGGCCUCCUUCAGCCUCUUCCACAUAAUGCACAGGCUGAUCAUGACUUUAGCAAAAGUUCUUCUGAGUCAGACUGGGAUGUCCAGCUGCUCUCAGGGGUCCAGGAUGUCAGGAUUCAGUCUGUGGACAGGGACUUGCUCCAGAGGAUGCGUAUCAAUGUGAGGGACAGCAGGUAUGAGUCUCAGCUCUGCUCGGUCCUGAAGCAGAAGUCAGAGCUUGCCUGGGCAGGCAAAGAGGACAAGAACUGCAGGAACUGCUGCACAGAGACCAAAGGAGCCUCUUUCCCCAUAUUUGAGACAUUUUUUGGCAGCUGGACUAGUUAAAACCACUUCCUGGCUGUUCUCUGGGCCCUUAGUGGAAGCUGUGAACUGGCUGGAAAGGGAUUUAACAAGCUGCCCUCCCUGUCAGGACCAGGAGGUACAGCCAAGAGCUGGAGUGAGGACUGCCAGCUGCAUGGUGAUCUCCAGACACUGCAGCCAACCUGGGCAGCCCUCCUGUUGGGAACUGAUGGGUGAGGUGGUGGUUUCACUGUCCUUGGCUCUGGGAUCUUCCCUUGUCUCCACUGGUAGCUUUCAGAGCCAAUAGCUUCCUCCUUUAACUCCUCACUGGGCUGCUGGCAAGAUGGUCUUUCUCUGGAAGUACCUCUUCAGCAGGAAUAUGCUCUUUGCCCUUCCAGACUGAGAGCAUGGCCUGUUCCUCUUCUCACCCAGUCCUUGGAGGUGUAGAGAUGGUGGAGAGGAGGGUCCUGGGAGUGAGAGCUGUGUUCUUCAUGUGGUUUGGUGUUUUGUUGGAUGUCUUUGAGUAUUUACAGAUGUUUGGAACUGGUACUAAGUUCAGGGAUUUUAGCAAACUUUUAAACUUUGAAAUAAAAUGGAAGAGGAGAUCCUA